CCGAAUGAAUAAUAUUGUCAUCGCAUGCAUCAAACGUGAUACAUAAUGGAUCGAACUCGGUGCGUAUGUAACACAACGAUUCUAACUUCGUUCUGAAAAUUCAAAUCACUAGAUCGGCACAGUGCUGGGUGGAUCGAUUAAUCGUUUACCGUUGGCCAUAGCAACGACCGAGACGAUGUGUAACCAUACGCGGCACGUACCUCAGGAAGAAUCGCGUUAUUAUAGCAAGUAGAAGAGAUUGAAACUUGCGUGGGUGUUAAAGUCAUGAGAGAGAGAGAAUCGCAUAGAGAUGUCUCAGCAUUGGCAUGGCCACUGGACGGAAGAUACGUUCACUGCGAAAAGAUUGCGAAAUUGGGAAGUGCCUAAAUGGUACCCCAGCUGGCCAGACAGACAUUGCGGCACUACAAAAUUGAUCGCCAACGACAACGGACAUAUAUUGGACAGCGCUAAAAAAGCCAAGUGCUCGCCAUGGGGAACGUAUAAGAACACGUGGGAUUUACCGAAAAGGAUUACCAAAGGCAUAGCGGAAGAAUUGUCAGCACCUUGUCAGUAUAGGAAAGAAGCAUGGGAAUUGCACAGGAAGAAACAGGAGAAUCUGUGCAAGAAAAUGGAGCAAGCGAAGAAGAAGACGAAGACAAGGAAAGAGAUUGAGCCACCGACAGAUACAGUGAGGAGAAAACAAACAGAUGAGAUACAAGAAUCAAGAGAAGCGCAAAAGCCAGAUUCAGAACAAGAACCAGAACAGAAGGCAGAUCCUUGUGAAAGUACUGAGAAGAACGAAGAUUGAAAGGACACAUAACAAGCUAUAUUUCUCAGUUUGUACCCUGUGAGACGAAAGAGAUGCAUAUUUGCCCGAUGAUAUUCUCUCAUGGCAGGGCUCCA